UCCAUUUCUACAUCCGUCCCUACUAUUGUUAGCUACUCAUAAUUCUCUCUCCUGUGUUCCUACUUUAAUGGAGUUACUGUCUUUUCUUCAUAGAUCUACAUGCAUGGACAGCCAUCUCUCUCUCUCUCUCUCUCUCUCUCUUGUUCUUGUUAAUUUCUUUCCACAAAUUUUCUAGACUUAAAUCCUAAAUUUUUAGAUGCCCAAAAAGUCCAAAAAUCUAAUAUCUCACAUUUUUUCAAUUUGUAAUAGUUUCAGAUGGAGAAAUCUUGACAAGUGUUCCGAUUUGUAAGGAUGAACUGAGGAAGAUUCUGAUGAGGAUGCCUUCUUUUUCUCUCAACCAUAAAGAUGAAGUGAUUAAUAUUAAAGCACCCCAUCUUGUUUUCCUGUCCGUCUUGAUCAGUUUUUCCUUCUGCAGCUGGUAAUUACUGCAAGACAAUCUUCAUCUGAGCACAUUCAAUCUUCUCCCUCUUCUCCUUCUUUCUCUCUCUAUACUCUACAAACCCCCCAAUAUAGAUACAUAUCUAUAUAGAGAGAGAGAUACACACAAACAGAAGCGCACAAGAACACGUCGAACACAAAACAAGAAUGCUGCCAUAUCAAACCCUUCAAGAAGCAGAGGCUUCUCUGGGCAGAAACCUCAGUUUUGCUGAGACAUUAUGGUUCAAAUACUCUGCCCAGAAAUCCGAUUACCUUCUGUACUGCCAUAACACGUUUUUCUUGUUCAUUUUCUACUCGGUGCUGCCGUUGCCGUACAUGUUCAUCGAGCUCGUGCGUUCCCACAAGAUUGAUAGGUUCAAGAUUCAGCCUAAAAUCCAGAACUCUUUGGCUGAUAUGUUGGACUGCUACAAGAAGGUCAUGGUGACGUUUGUUGUUGCUGUUGUUCCUCUUCAAAUCUUUUCUUUUCCCGUCAUUCAGAUGAUUGGGAUAAGAACAAGUUUGCCACUACCAUCCGGCUCCGAUAUUUUCUUGCAGCUGUUGGUAUACUUUGUUGUUGAGGACUAUGCUAAUUACUGGCUGCAUAGAUUGCUCCACCAGAAAUGGGGAUACGAGAACAUCCACCGUGUUCAUCAUGAAUACACGGCUCCUAUUGGAUUUGCAGCCCCUUAUGCACAUUGGGCUGAGAUCAUAAUCCUCGGCAUGGCCUCGUUUCUUGGUCCAAUGAUUGCUCCUGGACACAUGAUCACAUUCUGGCUGUGGAUGAUUGUGAGGCAAAUGGAAGCCAUUGAGACCCACAGUGGGUAUGAUUUCCCCUGGAAUCCUUUAAAGUACAUCCCAUUUUACGGAGGAGCUAUUUUCCAUGAUUACCAUCACUUUGUUGGAGGGAAAAGCCAGAGCAAUUUUGCAUCAGUAUUCACAUACUGUGAUUACAUCUAUGGAACCAACAAGGGAUACCGGUACAAGGAAGCUUUUGAAAAGAGGAGGAAAGAACUGAAGCAAAUGUGAGUGAAUUGCAUGGAGAGUUUGCAGGUUGAAUCCACACAAAGGUGCAAGAAUCUGGGUAGAGUACACAGCAGCAAGCCAGGUGUUUCUUUCAGACACAAGAUUAAAAGGGAAUGUAAUUUACCUAAGGGAGAGUGUUCCUUAGGUUAGGGUGUCAAGUCAUAUAUGAGAUGGAAUUGCAGCACAUCACCUGGCCAUUCUUCUUUAAGUAUACCUGUAAUUACCUUGUAGUGAUGGGUGCUAUGACUGCUGCGUGCUAAAUCAUUUUAAAAUAGUUUACAAGAUAUCUUUAAGUACAGAA